AUGGGGUACUUCAAUCGUCUCCCAGCUGACAUUCAACUUGAAAUUAUAUCUCGUUUACCGAUUGAAUCGGCAUUAGACUGCAAAUUAAUUUGCAGAUCAUGGAGGAAUUUGGUUUCUCAUCAUCCAUCAUUCUCUCAAUUGCAUUUAGCUCGUGUUAAUCAAUCAGCUGAUCCUGGUAAGUUGAGUUUUCUUGUCAGAGAUAGGAAUCAUCAACUUUACUACUUUGAGUUUAAUGAGACACAUGUUGAUUGUAUUAGAAGGUUCAAUCUAACCCCUCCAUUUCCAGAUCCGUAUAAGUUUAUUGGUUCGUUUAAUGGUUUAGUCUGCCUAUAUGAUUGCCAUAAUCAUACUGCUUGUAUUUGUAACCCGUUGACGAGAGAAUAUGUUCUUCUUCCGAGCGUUAACAGAGAUUGUGAUCGGCACUGGAUUUAUCGUUCAAGCGGAUUUGGUUACCUUCCUUUAACGAAUGAGUAUAAAGUUGUUGAAUUGUAUAAGCUGAGUGCAGAAUCUGAUUUUAUAGAGGUUGCGGUAUACACACUUGGCGGCGGCAAUGGGUGGAAAAAUGUUGGGAGGUUGGAUUCUAAAUCUUUCAAUAUAGAAACUAGUCGUUGUGUCUUUGUGAACGGAGCCCUGCUUUGGAAGACUGCAAUAGAAGGAAGGGUGAUGGCCUUUGAUUUGGCUGAGGAGAAGUUUCGUAAACAUAUUACACCACCUCCUUUGCCACAAGACUAUAUGUACUGCACUACAGGAGAGGUGGGCGGGGUUUUAUGUUAUGAAACCAGACAUUACUUGAGCUCAUCUUCUAACAUAUGGUUGCUAAAAGAGAAGAAUAAUAAUCUUGACAUGAAAGAGCAGGUGGAAGAUGAGCCAUUGUGCUGGAGGAAAGAGUUUAAUCUUCGCGAGAGUACUCCGUUAGCCUUUACCAAGAGUGGUGGUGUUUUAUGUUACAAUUGGAGGUCUCUUGAUAUCUAUGACCCAAUAGCUUCGACAUUGAAAAAGCUUGUGGAUUUCGGUACGUUUCUUCAAAUAAUCCCUCACAAGAACACCUUAAUUUCAUUAAAAGAAUUUGGAGAAGAAGAUGUAAAUUUUUUGAACUCAUCUGAAAUCGAGGAGAAAGAAAGCCGUGGUGAUUUGACGACAAUGCUGCUAGCAAAAUGA